AUGGAGGCUGACACGGUCGGUCGAUGCCUGGCUGCUGGCGCUUCCGUCCAGGGAUCAAUCAAUCGUCAAGGGCAGACCAUAUUGGAUCUUUUCGUCGUGGAGCAUGCAGCCAUGAUUGAGUCAGCCCUCGAGCACAAAGGUUCCCCUCAGGAUGUCACCAGACUCUAUGUGGAGCAGCAAGAGGCGGCCUUUCAGGUCAUGCGAUCACUUGUGGACAAAGGCGCAGUCCUGUCAGCCGGAACCGCUGUCCUGAAGCCUGGUCUCAGGUGA